ACCAGCCACGUCUCCUGGACAGGCAGUGGGACACCAUGAGCCUCAGUGAGGAGCAGGUGCAGCAGUUCCUCGACCAGAACCCCAGCUUCACAGACGAGUACUUUGGAAAGAAGCUGAGCCCCGAGAAUGUGGCUGGUGCCUGCGAGGAUGGGCAGGCAGCAGACUGCACCAGCUUCCGAGAGCUGUGCCAGGUGGAGGAGAGCGCAGCCUUGUUUGAGCUGGUGCAGGACAUGCAGGAGAGCGUGAACAUGGAGCGUGUGGUCUUCAAGAUCCUGCGGCGUCUCUGCACAAUCCUGCACGCCGACCGCUGCAGCCUCUUCAUGUACCGCCAGCGCAAUGGCGUGGCUGAGCUGGCCACGCGCCUCUUCAGUGUGCAGCCGGACAGUGUCCUGGAGGACUGCCUGGUGCCCCCUGACUCUGAGAUCGUCUUCCCGCUGGACAUUGGAGUCGUGGGCCAUGUGGCUCAGACCAAGAAGAUGGUGAACAUCAAGGACGUGACCGAGUGUCCCCACUUCAGCCCCUUUGCAGAUGAGCUGACCGACUACGUGACAAAGAACAUUCUGGCCACGCCCAUCAUGAAUGGCAAAGACGUUGUGGCUGUCAUUAUGGCUGUGAACAAGCUUGAUGGCCCAUGUUUCACAAAUGAAGACGAAGAUGUUUUCUUGAAGUACCUGAAUUUUGGCACCUUAAACCUGAAGAUCUACCACCUGAGCUACCUGCACAACUGUGAGACGCGCCGCGGCCAGGUGCUGCUAUGGUCAGCUAACAAGGUGUUUGAGGAACUGACAGACAUCGAGAGGCAGUUCCACAAGGCAUUCUACACCGUGCGUGCGUAUCUGAACUGUGACCGGUACUCAGUGGGCCUCCUGGACAUGACCAAGGAGAAGGAAUUCUUUGACGUGUGGCCCGUGCUAAUGGGAGAAGCCCAGCCAUACUCAGGCCCACGCACACCCGACGGCCGUGAAAUCGUCUUCUACAAAGUCAUCGACUAUAUCCUCCAUGGCAAGGAAGACAUCAAGGUCAUCCCCACACCCCCAGCUGAUCACUGGGCCCUGGCCAGUGGUCUUCCAACCUACGUGGCAGAAAGUGGCUUUAUCUGUAACAUUAUGAAUGCCCCUGCCGACGAAAUGUUCAAAUUUCAGGAAGGGCCUCUGGACGACUCGGGGUGGGUCAUCAAGAAUGUCCUCUCCAUGCCCAUCGUCAACAAAAAGGAGGAGAUUGUGGGGGUUGCAACAUUCUACAACAGGAAAGACGGGAAGCCUUUUGACGAGCAGGAUGAAGUCCUCAUGGAGUCCCUCACGCAGUUCCUAGGCUGGUCAGUGCUGAACACAGACACCUAUGACAAGAUGAAUAAGCUGGAGAACCGCAAGGACAUCGCCCAGGACAUGGUUCUGUACCACGUGAGAUGUGACAAGGACGAAAUCCAGCUGAUCCUGCCAACAAGGGAACGCCUGGGGAAGGAGCCUGCCGACUGUGAGGAGGAUGAGCUGGGGACAAUCCUGAAAGAAGUGUUGCCAGGGCCCACCAAGUUCGACAUCUAUGAGUUCCACUUCUCUGAUCUGGAGUGCACAGAGCUGGAGCUGGUCAAAUGUGGCAUCCAGAUGUACUACGAGCUGGGCGUGGUCCGAAAGUUCCAGAUCCCUCAGGAGGUCCUGGUGCGGUUUCUGUUUUCUGUGAGCAAAGGUUACCGGAGGAUCACCUACCACAACUGGCGCCACGGCUUCAAUGUGGCCCAGACCAUGUUCACGCUACUCAUGACUGGGAAGCUGAAGAGCUACUACACGGACCUGGAGGCCUUCGCCAUGGUGACCGCGGGCCUGUGCCACGACAUCGACCACCGCGGCACCAACAACUUGUACCAGAUGAAAUCCCAGAACCCCUUAGCCAAGCUCCACGGCUCCUCGAUUUUGGAAAGGCAUCACCUGGAGUUUGGGAAGUUCCUGCUCUCUGAGGAGUCCCUGAACAUCUACCAGAACCUGAACCGGCGGCAGCACGAGCACGUGAUCCAUCUCAUGGACAUAGCCAUCAUCGCCACGGACUUGGCACUCUACUUCAAGAAGAGGACGAUGUUCCAGAAGAUUGUGGAUGAGUCUAAGAACUAUGAGGACAGGAAGAGCUGGGUGGAGUACCUGUCCCUGGAGACGACCCGGAAGGAGAUAGUCAUGGCCAUGAUGAUGACUGCGUGUGACUUGUCUGCCAUCACCAAGCCAUGGGAAGUCCAGAGCAAGGUUGCUCUGCUGGUGGCGGCUGAGUUCUGGGAACAGGGUGACUUGGAAAGGACAGUUCUGGAUCAGCAGCCCAUUCCAAUGAUGGACCGGAACAAAGCAGCCGAGCUCCCCAAAUUACAGGUUGGCUUCAUCGACUUUGUGUGCACAUUUGUGUACAAGGAGUUUUCCCGUUUCCACGAAGAGAUCCUGCCCAUGUUCGACCGACUGCAGAACAACAGGAAGGAGUGGAAGGCCCUGGCUGACGAGUAUGAGGCCAAAGUCAAGGCCCUGGAAGAGCAGAAGCAGCAACAGGAGGAAAAGACAACAGCCAAGAAAGCAGGAACAGAGAUUUGCAAUGGCGGCCCAGCACCCAAGUCUUCGACCUGCUGCAUCCUGUGAGCUGGUCCAUGGGUUCUGAUGGCGCCCCAAUCCGUUCACCCGCUGGGACCCCACCUCCAACC